CCCUUAGCCUCUUUUUGUCGAUGGCAUGGUGCUGCUAGCUUCGGCUCAAACGGCGUCUUCACGGGAAAACACGAACGUUUAAAGUGAAUCCGGACAUGUAACGGGGAAUAAGUGACUUAAUGCGGAUUUCUGAAGUGCGCUCCCGCCACCACGUCUUUUCACAAGCCAGCGCCUCGCGUUUUUUGAGGUUGCCAUUUCUGCCCCCAAGGUUAGCUAGCUAGCUGGCGGGCUAACGAUAGCCGAUUAACGCUAAAACCGCUCCGAGCUAACGUUUUCUCUGUAGCUAGUUGACCGUUACGACGACUUGAAUUCGCAGAAGUGACCAGAACCCGACCGAGUCUGAGGAUUAGCAUGGCCGAAGCCGACAAGUUGAACAUCGACUCCGUUAUUCAGCGUCUGCUGGAAGUGAAAGGCUCCAGACCUGGCAAAAAUGUUCAACUGACAGAGAAUGAAAUCCGUGGUCUCUGCCUCAAAUCCCGGGAGAUCUUCCUCAGCCAGCCAAUCCUGCUCGAACUUGAGGCGCCACUCAAGAUUUGUGGUGAUGUUCACGGGCAGUAUUAUGAUCUCCUGAGGCUGUUUGAAUAUGGGGGCUUUCCACCAGAGAGCAACUACCUGUUCCUGGGGGACUACGUAGACAGAGGCAAACAGUCCCUGGAGACCAUCUGCCUGUUGCUGGCCUACAAGAUCAAAUACCCAGAAAACUUCUUUCUGCUGAGGGGAAACCACGAGUGCGCCUCCAUUAACAGAAUAUAUGGCUUCUAUGAUGAGUGUAAGAGGCGAUACAACAUAAAGCUGUGGAAGACCUUCACUGACUGCUUCAACUGUUUGCCUGUUGCAGCUAUUGUUGAUGAGAAGAUCUUCUGUUGCCAUGGAGGCCUGUCACCAGACCUCCAGUCUAUGGAGCAGGUGCGAAGGGUCAUGCGUCCCACUGAUGUGCCUGACCAGGGCCUCCUCUGCGACCUGCUGUGGGCAGAUCCGGACAAGGAUGUGCUGGGCUGGGGCGAGAACGACCGCGGCGUCUCCUUCACUUUCGGCGCCGACGUCGUCACAAAGUUCCUCCACAAACACGACAUGGACCUUAUUUGUCGGGCCCAUCAGGUGGUUGAGGACGGAUAUGAGUUUUUUGCAAAGAGGCAGCUGGUGACACUGUUCUCUGCUCCUAACUACUGCGGAGAGUUCGACAAUGCCGGAGCCAUGAUGAGCGUAGACGAGACCCUCAUGUGCUCAUUCCAGAUUCUCAAACCUGCAGACAAGAAGCUGUUCUAUGGUGGUGGAGGGGGAAUGGGCUCUGGCCGCCCAGUCACUCCCCCAAGGAAAGCUAAGAAAUGACACGAGUAGUUUGCCCUCGACCUGCGACCCUUCCCUCCUGCCCUCUCUACCUCUCUUCUCCUUUCUUUUCACCAAACAGCCAGAAAUCAAACCUAUACCCAGGGCUUUUUUCCUUUUUUAUCUGUACUUCUUAAAACAUUUAAUGUUAUGAAUUGUCUGAAUGAGUGCGUGCGCAGGCGACAAACGUGUCUUCUGCUGGUGAGCAUUAAAAUCAUGUGUGCACGUGUACAUUUUGUGUGAGAGUAUUAGAGAUUUAUACUUUCCCCUCUCUCUUACCACUCUUCCCGUGGAAAGGUUGAACCACAGUGUCUGUCUGUACAGUAAUUUUGACUGAAAAAGCAGGGUUUGGGAGACAGUGGGAAAAUUGCUGGACAUGAAUUUUAGCAGCAAACCCUGCCAGUAGGUGGCGUGUGUGUGUACUUGUGGAGGGGGGAAGUAUUUUGGUUUUUUUUUUUCCCUGUCCUCUGUACUGUAAAAUCUCAAAACACAGGUAUGUGCACGUGAGUGUGUGCGUGCAUGUAGCGUCUUGUCUCGGCCCGAGCUCGGUGUCUCUGUAUCUUUGAACAGGAACGAGCGUUUCACCUUUUCUCAGGCGAGCAAGCACAUGAUUAUUCACUCGUGCACGCACACACACACAACACACAUGCAUAUGACUCUCCAGAUUCAUAUGAGCCAGAGCUGUAAAAACCCCAUACAGUUUAGGUUUGUACAGAUUUGAUUACUUGAAAGAGAUUUUUUGUGAAUUCGUUUUGUAGUCUUUCAUCAAGUUGACCAAUAAAGCGAGAAUCUGAGCUACAAUGA